AUGUCGGUAGAAAUUCGCGAUCUAAAGCUGUCAAAGCUCAAACCCCUCGAACACCAGCAUUCCGAACCACCCACACAAUUCCGCAGCCGUUUCGACUUCGAUCACCGCGAUGAGAAGAUACACCUCUUGUUGUGCGCGACCGGAUCCGUUGCCACGAUCAAGAUACCCAACAUAAUCAACGCGCUUGCGAAACACCCGAAUAUUGCAAUUCGACUCAUAUUCACAACAUCGGCGAAGAAUUUCCUGCAAGGACAGAGCGAUGAGCAACCGUCGCUGAUGACUAUAGAGGCGCUGCCGAAUGUAGAGGGGAUAUAUUAUGACGAAGAUGAGUGGAAAGAGCCAUGGAAACGUGGCAAUAAGAUUCUGCACAUUGAGCUACGGCGGUGGGCAGAUAUAAUGGUUAUUGCACCGUUGAGCGCGAAUGAAAUGGCAAAGAUUACACAGGGCUGGUCGGACAACCUACUGCUGUCUGUAGUACGGGCUUGGGAUACUACAGGUCUGAUAGAUCCGGUCAGAGACAUACCAGGCGUAAAUUGGCCGGAAGAGGAAGGAUGGAAAGAAGGUCCGAACAAGAAGCGAAUACUAAUUGCGCCAUCGAUGAACACGGCAAUGUGGUUGCAGCCAAUUACGAAGAAACAGGUGCAGGUGUUGGAGGACGAGUGGGGUGUCAAAAAUGGGGGCUGGUAUGAGGUACUGCAGCCAAUGUCGAAGGAGCUGGCGUGUGGAGAUGUUGGCGGCGGGGCUAUGAAAGAUUGGAGGGAGAUCGUGGGUGUCAUCGAAGCAAGACUUGGUUUGAAAACUAUCGAGGAUUGA